AAAUCAAUCUGGCGGGGUCCAAACGCUCAACAUUUUACACUCGUUCACAGAUCACAACAAGAUCCACUUCUGCACGACGCAGAAGCUUCAGAUAGGGUCUUGAAAUCAACUCCAAGAAGGAAUGAAGCAGGAAGAUCAGGACAAGAUAGAAAUGAACUAGAACGUCAAUUAGGCGCAAUCGCAGAAAAAGAACGUAAAAAUGUCGGAGAAGCAGCAAAUUAUGGAAUCUAUUUCGACGAUACAGAAUAUGAUUAUAUGCAACAUUUACGUUCAAUCGGUGGAAAGGACAACAGUAGAAGAGGUGGACAAGACGAGGAAAAGACUGAAGAUGUCAUCAUGCUGGAAGCACCUGCUGCAAAGAAAGAAAAGGGCAAAGCAAAAGCUACCGGUAAUGAAGAUGUAUUGGAGUUCAAGAAAGAGGCAGAUGUCACAUCCAACAAACCUUUAGAUCUGCCUUCGGACGUCUUACCUUCUAAUCAAAUGCUACCCAGAACUUUCGAGCAGGAUAAAGAAGAAGGAAUAAGACCGGAUAUGGAUCCUCACUUGCGACAAAUUCUCGAAGCUCUAGAUGAUGAUGCAUUCCUGAUGAAAACAGCAAAAAAGAAUGAAACGGAGGACAUCGAUGACUUCUUUGGAGAAAUUGUAAAGGGCGGAGAAUUGGAAGAGGAAGAAGAAGAACCUGAAUGGAGACAAUUGCCACCUGGAGGAGAAGAGAGUAUUUGGCUUGAUCCAAGUGCAAAAGCGGCACGCGAACUUUUACAGCUUAAAGAGGAAGGAAAAGGUGUUGAAGAUCUAAGUUUGGAGAGUAGGGUAGCUUUAUUCAAAAAAGCAGCUGAGGAAAACAAAAAACAAGGUCCUGCCCUUGCCGGAUCCCGUCAAGCUCCUUCUUCGGUUGGUAGUAAAUCAAUCUUUGGCGAUAAAGGUGCUUCGCGAAGGAGUAGACAUGCAGGUGCAAAAGCCAGGCUGGCUUCAAGCUUUUAUGCUCCUAGUAUUGAUGGUGGUGCGACUGCUUUCAGUAUGAGUUCAAGCGCAAUGGAACGUAAUCAAGGUUUGUCAAAGCUAGACGAACAAUUUGCACGAAUGGAACGCAUCUAUGAGCAGGAAGAUGAUGACGAAGACGAAGAAGAGGGUUUCGAGGAAAGUGAAGACGGGGAGGACAACGAGGUUGGCGGUCCAGAAGAUGUUGAUGCAAUCUUUGAAGAUUUCCUAUCAAAGAAUGAAAUAAUAGGAAACAGAUUACGCGAACGAUUGGGAGAUCAAGCUACGACGCCUAUCGAAAAGGUUGACAUGAUCAGACGUGAGCUUGGUGAGAUGAGAGUGAUCGAUCGAAAGACGUAUGAUGAAGCAGAAGCGGAAGGAUUGGGUCCAAAAACAACUGUUGAAGAAUUAAUUUCUCGUGAUUUAGCUCAGCGUGCAAAUGCAAGACAAGAAUGGGACGUAGAAACAAUUCAAACGACAAAAACCAAUCUAGAAAAUCAUCCUCGUACGAUCGCAGCUGCAGAAAGUGUUGCACCUUCUCGUAUCUCAAGAAUCGUGCCUCCAAGUAGUUUCUUGGGCGGUGUGAAUGGAUCCAACGCUCCGGCAAGUUUGGCAGGCACAGAUCGUAUGGCUCGCAUCAAGAUUGACCCUCGAACAGGCAAAGCAGUCAUCAAUGGUUAUAUCAACAUAGGUGCUCGUCAAGCUCGUCGGAAUAAAGAAGAGAGCAACAAGGAGGAUGAAGAAGAUGGUUUCUCAUCUCCUGAUGAAGAGCCAUCUCUGGAAAAUGAUUCUGCAUCUGAGGCAGGUAGCGAUGACACGACUACAGAGAGCACAAUUGCCGCUUCUCGCAUGACCGUUAAAAGAGAUCGUAAUGAGAGCAAAGAGGAAAAGAAAGCGCGGAAACAAGCGGCAAAAGAGGAAAAGCAAACCCGUAAGAGCGAUAAAGCCCAACGUAAAGCACAAUUC